CAUAUGCAUUUUAAAAUAAUUUGGAAAAAUGUUUAUCAAUCGCAUGCGCGUGUUCACGGGCGUUAGAUGUGUUUUUUGAUACGCGAAAUAUUUCCGCAAAAAUGUCGUGUACCGUGAAAUGUGCUACCUGUAAUAUUGUAAUUGAUGAGCUUCUAUCUUACAUACAGAACAAAAUAUCGAUAGCUGAUGAAGAAAGCUUAGUAAAAAUUUGUGCAUUAUCGUUUACAAGUGAACAAGUUCAAAAGUCACAUACGUUACUAUUUGAAUCAGUGUCUUCAGAGUUACGAAGAAUCGCACGUAAAGGAAAAGGAAGGGGAGAUCGUCUGUUGUACGACAUACUCAGCUUCUUCAAAGUCACAGAUCCUGAUAUGCUGCCUAUAUUUGUUGCUCGUGACCUUGAAAAACUGCCACCUAUCACCUGGGAUCAUUUGGACGUAUCUAAAGUCCUGAAAGAUCUAUUGAUUGUACAGUCUGAAAUUAAAACAAUUAAAUCAUCGUAUGCAACUGUUAAGCAGCUAGAGAAAGUUAAAAAGGAGUGCUAUAAUUUAAAAACCGUUUCGCCACCAUUCUCUGCUGCUAAGAUUAACAUAAAAAGAGGUGCUUAUCGUGACAGCGGCCCUAUAGCUCUAUCGGUUAUGGAUGAGUCUACUAUAAGUAAUCAUGAAGAUGAAUCCAGUGGUGAAAUGUCUUCUACACGGGAUCAUAAUUUACAUUAUAGAAAUAUAAAUAUAAACACAAAUUAUCCGGAGGGUAGUAGUGAUACACUUAUCGAUGCAACGUUCCAUCAAACGUUUGAAACUGAAAAUAGCCGUGUAACCGACAAUACGAAACGCGAUGAGUCAUUGUUGACAUGUAACCGGCAGUCCACGCAGCCAACGGUCGGCAAAGUAGGUACAACACUUGUUAAAUCUUAUGCAGGUGCCGUAAGGUCUAAUAAUGAAUGGACAAUCGUCGAGAAGAAAAGAAAAAAAAAAAUAGACGCAUUGAAAGAAAAUUAGGGACAGUUGUAAUCG